AUGCCUCGCUUUGUAACGGGAACAAACGCGUGGAGAGAAGAGACGGAGACAGGAGAAUUAUAUUCUUACUUAGCUGCUGCUGAGGAUACAGAAGGAGCAGCAGCAGCAGCAGCAGGGGGCCCUGCUGGUGCUGCUGGUGAUGCUGAUGCUGCUGCUGCUGCUGCUUACCGCAGCCCCCGCAGGCUCACAGCAGCAGAAACUGCUGCUCUCUUCGAGCCUUCCCCGCCGCUGCUGCCACAGAGGCGACGCAAAGCAGCAGCAGGCAUGGAAAAUGAUGAAAGCUGGAAUAUCGACCAGCAGCAGCAGCAGCAGCAGCAGCAGCAGCAGAGAAGCACAGCCACUGAAGGGGACACGGAAGAGGACCCCGAAGCCGCCGAAGCAGCAGCAGCAGUAGCAGCAGGCAACGGCUCAACAGCAGCAGCAGCAGCAGCAGCAGCAGCAGGAAGCUCGGAAAGAAGAGCAGCAAACGAAGAAGCAGCAGCAAAAAGACGGCUUGUUGUUUGUCCCGAUGAAUUUUCUGCUUCUGAUGAGCAGCUGCGAAAUUCCAUUUUAAAAGAAGCAGGAUUUACAGAAGAGAUGAGCUGCGACAUCUACGGCAGCAGCGGCCGCGCAGCAACAGCAGCAGCAGCAGCAGCAGGGGGCGCGGGAGAAGCUGCUGCUGCUGUUGCUGCAGCAGCAUCAAGAGAGGAGGCGACGGGACGAAUCCAAACAAAUGGAGCCACCGCUGCAAGCGCAGCCGCAGCAGCAGCAGCAGCAGCAGCAGACCGACCACCCCCCACAGCAGCAGCAGCAGCAGCAGCAGCAGCAGGAAAGAAAGUUUGGAAGCAAAUAAUGAAACUUCCUCCAGAAUAUCUUCCCCCGAAUUCCCCAGAGUGCCAGGGCGACAGCAACUGCAGCAAAGCUUACUGCGCGUUUGUGGACUGCAGCAGCAAAGAGCAAGGGCCUUUGCUGCGGCUGCGGCUGCCGGGUGUGGCGUGCGGUACGCAGCAGCAGCAGCAGCAGCAGCAGGAGCUGCAGCAGCAGCAGCAGCCCGCGUGGCUGCAGCAAACCCUCCGAGAGUGUUGGGAUUUGCACCAAAGUUGUUUGCAAUUCAGCAAAGGAGGACUUUUUGAAAACUGCCAAGAAGGGUUUAUAGAAAUGAAUGGACUCGAAAUUCGAACUUUAACCCUUUCCGAACCCAAGACAGACCUCACCGAAGGCACUGUCGUGCUCCACGGCGUUUAUCCCCCAACCAGCAACAGCACCGAAAUCUCUUCGGAAUUUCUUUUGGAAAUUUUGCAAACUUUUACAGAAGAGAGAGUUGUGCAAAAGCAAAAGAUUCAAGAAUGCAACAGCCGCCUGGAGUCUGCUGCUGCUGCUGCUGCUGCUGCUGGUGGCUACUGCCUGCAGCAGCGGCUGCAGCGGCAGCUGAACACGUCGAUGGCGUUUGCUGCUGCUUCUGUGGCUGCUGCUGCUGCCUUCUGGACGCCGCAGCUUGCUGCUGCUGCUGCUGCUGUCGAGGGCCUCCCCACUUGGGGGGCCCCCUUCGAAGUUGCUGUUGCUGUUGAGGCCCCCGAGGAGGUUUACAAGGGGGGCCUCGAGUUGUACGUGCCGCUGCUGCUGCUGCCUGCUGCUGCGGGGCCCCACACUCGCUAUAACCCCUAUUUUGGGGUUUUCUUCACUGCAGCAGCAGCAAAAGUCCCCGCCAAAGCAGCAGCAGCAGGCAGCAAAAUCACUCUCUACCCCGUCACCCUCGCCAAGGGCGAGACCCUGCGGCUUUCCCUCGCGCUGCAGCCCUUUGCUGCUUCUGCUGCUGCUGCUGCUGCUGCCUGGCCCAUGCCCCAGGCCAUUGCUGCUCCUGCUGCAGCAGCAAAUGAAUUCAGCAUCAAACUUCUUAAUCUCCAGAGAAAGCCAGUGGCCAUUAUUAAUAGAAUUAAGGCCCCCAUCUUCACCCCGGGGGCUGUUGCUGCUCUUGUGGGGCCCCACAUGCAGACGGUCCGCGCCCCUGCUGCUGCUGCUGCUGCUGCUGCAGCACGAGCAGCAGCUGCUGACGAACAAGUGCUGCUGGUCUUCCGGCUGCUCCUCGGGCCCCAACAGAAUGACCAGGGGCUCGAGGGGUCUUUGGAAAUUCAUGUGUCUCCUAUUUCUAAAGAAAGCGACGCAGGUGGAAGCAGCAGCAGCAGCGGCAGCAGCAGCAGCAGCGGCAGCAGCAGCAGCAGCGGCGGUGGCCAGGACAGCGAAGAUAGCGGCAGCAGCAACGAGGACGCAGGCAGCAACGAAAACGGCAGCAGCGAAGGCAGCGGCGAAAGCAGCAGCAGCAACACCGAAGACAAGGACGGCAGCAGCAGCAGCGGCAGCAGCGAAGACAAGGACAGCAGCAGCAGCAGCAGCAGCAGCGCGGGCGACGCGGAGAGCGGCAGGAGCAGCAGCAGGAGCAGCAGCAGCAACUGCAACGGCUGGGCCUCAACAACUCGAGGGUUUGUUUGGUCUUUAGAAUGUCCCCAAGGAACAAAGACAUAUGUGUUUAAGUUGCUGCCGCCAGCGAGCGCGGGUGUUGCUGCUGCUGCUGCUGCUGCUGCCAGCAGCUGGGUGUCGCUGGGGCUGGUGCUGCCGGCAGCAGCAGCAGCAGCAACUUCGCACUACUCUGUCUCCGUGCUAGACUCCUCAGGAACAACUUUGUAUUCUGUUGCUGCUGCUGCUCCCAGCAGCAAACGGGACUUGUGUCUGCUGCGGGCCUCGCAGCGGCUGCUGCAGCCAGCUGGCAGCAGCUACUCAGCAAAGCUGCUGCUGCUGUUCCAAACUGUCAGCUGCAGCAAUCCAGCCACUCCCUUGAGGGCCCUUCCAGAUGAAGUCGAACCUCUUUCUUUCCAAGCAGCAGCAGCAGCAGAAGGGGCCCCCCUGGACCUCAUCAGCUCCGCCACAGUCCGCAGGUACUGCAGCAGCAGCAGCAACAGCAGCAGCAGUCGCAGCAGCAGCAGUAGCAGCAGCAGCAGCAGCAGUAGCAGCAGUAGCAGCAGUGGUAGCAGCAGCAGUGGCAGUAGCUACAGGAGUACCGUCAGUAGUAGCAGCAGCAGUACCGGCAGCAGCAGCAGCAGCAGCAACAGCAGCAGCAGCAGCAGCUUUUCUUUUUGCUUCCCCCUACAGCUGCCUAGGCACCCCAGGUUGGCAGCAGCUUCGGUCCACCUCGCCUACCCCCAAGCAAGUGGUUUGCUUAAAAGGGGCCCCCUUGGGGGCCCCCCUGGGGGCCCCCAAGGGGGCCCCCUUGGGGCCCCCCCUGUGCCCCCUGGGGGCCCCCCGUCGGGGGCCCCCCUGCGGGCUCAGGGCCGGGGGGCCCCCGUGUCGGUGCUUCCCGGGGUUGCUGCGGAGCGGAACCCUCUUGCUGCAGCAGCAGCAACAGCAGCAGCAGCAGCAGCUGCUGCUCCCCUCGUGCGCAUUGUUGUGGACAUUAUAGUUGACGAAGACCUGGGGGCUGAGGCCCUCCAUAUGGUGCAAGAAUGGGGCUUCAACAACCUCUAUGGGGGCCCCCAGGGGGGCCCCCAGGGGGGCCCCCAAGAGGGUACUGGAGGGUACUGCAAAUCCGUUGGCACAGAAUGCUAUGGGCACAGCUGGGGGCCCCAGGGGCUCUUUCAGUGGGGGGCCCUAGAGCCAAAGAAGGCUCGUUUGCCCAUAGCUGAGAAGUGA